AUGGUCAAAAAACAUAGUCAUGUCUCUCUAAUCCCCCCCCUACCCAAACCCUCACCCAAACCCUCACCCCAAUCCCUCACCCCAAUCCUUCACCACAAACCCUCACCCCAAUCCCUCACCCGAAACCCUCACCCCAAUCCCUCACCCCAAACCCUCACCCCAAUCCCUCACCCGAAACCCUCCCCCCAAUCCCUCCCCCCAAUCCUUCACCCCAAUCCCUCCCCCAAUCCUUCACCCAAAACCCUCACCCCAAUCCCUCACCCAAACCCUUGCCCCAAUCCCUCACCCGAAACCCUCACCCCAAUCCCUCACCCCAAUCCCUCACCCCAAACCCUCACCCCAAACCCUCACCCCGAUCCCUCACCCCAAUCGCUCACCCCAAUCCCUCACCCCGAUCCCUCACCCCGAUCCCUCACCCCGAUCCCUCACCCCAAACCCUCACCCCAAUCCCUCACCCGAAACCCUCACCCCAAUCCUUCACCCCAAUCCCUCACCCCAAUCCUUCACCCCAAACCCUCACCCCAAUCCCAUACCCGAAACCCUCCCCCCAAUCCCUCCCCCAAUCCUUCACCCAAAACCCUCACCCCAAUCCCUCACCCAAACCCUCACCCAAACCCUCACCCCAAACCCUCACCCCGAUCCCUCACCCCAAUCGCUCACCCCAAUUCCUCAACCCAAUCCCUCACCCCGAACCCUCACCCCGAUCCCUCACCCCAAUCCCUCAUCCCUUCUGAACAGCUAUCAGAUAGAAACAACUUCCAGCUGUCUACUUUGCACCAUCUGAAAAGACUUCUACAGGCCUAA